AUGGAUGGUAAUGACUUUCGAUUUGAUGCAGAAAGCCAUGUCAACAAUGAAUCUGAAAAUGAUGAUAUAAACUCAAAAAAAAAAAAUGAAGAAUCGGAUCGGGAUAUUUCGAACGGUUCGCAAAGUGAUAGAAGUCAAAGUAAUAGAAGUCAAAGUAAUAGAAGUCAAGGUAAUAGAAGUCAAGGUAAUAGAAGUCAAGGUAAUAGAAGUCAAAGUAAUAGAAGUCAAAGUGAUAGAAGUCAAAGUGAUAGAAGUCAAAGUGAUAGAAGUCAAAGUGAUAGAAGUCAAAGUAAUAGAAGUCAAGGUAAUAGAAGUCAAGGUAAUAGAAGUCAAGGUAAUAGAAGUCAAAAUAAUAGAAGUCAAAGUAAUAGAAGUCAAAGUAAUAGAAGUCAAAGUAAUAGAAGUCAAGGUAAUAGAAGUCAAAGUGAUAGAAGUCAAAGUGAUAGAAGUCAAAGUGAUAGAAGUCAAAGUAAUAGAAACAUAUCAGGGAAGCAAGUGAAGAGCGAUAUAGAAUGUACUGAAAAAGAAAACAUAAGUGAAGUUGACGAAAUUAGCGAAAUUAGCAAAGAGCAUGAGCGAAAACAGAAAAAAACGAGGAAAAAAAUAGCAUUGAAAAAAUAUAGAAAAUAUUUCACAAAAAAUAAAAGUGAAGAAAAAGAAAUAAAAUCAUCCUCUGAUGAAAACUUCUUUACAGCAGAAAAAAAAAAUAAAAGAAAAAAUGAAGAACGUUAUACUAUUAACAAUAAUGUAGAAAACAAUUGUGACAUGUCUAUAUUUAAUGAUCAACCAAUAAAUGAUUCGUUAUUUUCACAACCACAAAAUGGAUCAGAAACUGAAAAGGGUUCCGAAAAGGGUUCUGGUGAUAAUGUAGAUGAAUCUAUCUAUGAAGAAGAACAAACAUCUGAAUAUAAAAAAAGCACAGAAACAUAUAGUAGGAAAUAUACAGAUGAAGAUGUUAGUAGAAGUAUGGAAUCUAAUCAUAGUUAUGAUAAUAACAGAGGUAGUCAGUAUAGUCAGAGUUAUAAGAGUGAUCAAGAAAAUGAAAGCAUAUGUGAUGAAAUGGAAUCUAAGUCAAGUUAUAAAAAUGUCAAAAAAAAUUAUAAAAUACACGAAAUAAGGAAUAAAAUAAAAAAUGUUAAUAAAAAAAGUGAAAUAUUGCUAAAUAUGCUAUUCAAUGCUAAUGAAAUAAGUAUGAACAAAUCAGGUACUUUAAGAGAUAAUAUAAAGAAUAAGCAAGAAAAUAAAGAUAAACAAUUUGAAAAUAAUCAAAAAAUUAUUAAAACUAUUUUAAAUGUUCAAGAAAAAAAUAAAGUUGAUGUUUAUUAUAAUGAAAAUAAUUUUACACAAAUAUAUAAAGAAGCAAAAGGUGAAAAAGGAGGACCUAUAGAUACUCAUAAAAUAAAUAAACAACAUAAAACUGAGAAAAAAAAUGAAGCAGAUUCUAUUAAACAAAAUGUUAUAGAAAAACAAAUAUAUGAGUUAAGGGAUAAUGAAAAAUAUUGUUUUAUAAAAGAUAAAAACGAUUUAUUUGUAGGAAAUGAUAAUGAAGAAUUUACUGAAAUAAAAAAAAAUUAUAAUAAAAUAUAUGAAGCAACCAAAUUAGAAAAAAGAAAAAUAAUGAAUUUAAAUUAUAUAUAUAAUAAAUAUAAAAUAUUAUUAUCCGAAAUCAAAUCGAAUGAAUAUUUAAAUUCAAUAGAAAUGAAAUUAAAUCUUAUUGAAAAUUCAUUAUUUUGUAUAUCUGAUUUAUAUAAAGAAGGUAACGAUGGUGUUGUAGAUUCUAAAUUAGAUAUAACACAAAAAUUAUCAGAACUAUUUGAAAAUGUUACUGAAAAUGUCUUAGAUACAUAUGAUGAAGCAAUUAAAGGAAAGGAUGUUGAUAAUUUGAAUAUUAAUAAAAAAAAUAAUAAUACAGAAAAAAAAAAAAAUGAACAAUUAAACUUGUCGUGUGAUUUUAAUCUAUUUUUAAGAGUUUGCAAAAUAAUUAUAAAUGAUGAAAAUGUAGUAUAUGCAAAUAGUAAAAAAAAUAUAUUAUUCUACAAUAAUAUAUAUAAAAUAAAUUAUUUAUUUAAUUGUGUAAAAAACAAUGAUAUAUUAUUUAAUGUAUAUUGUAAAGAGUUAAUUCAUCCAUUUGAAAAAUUAUUCAAAGGAUAUAAAGAAAUAAAACAUGAACAUGUUAAUAGAAGUUUAAGCGAUACAAAUCAGAUAAAAUGGCCAAAUUUUUCAUAUACAAAAAAAGGAAUAAUUGAUAAAAUAAAUAUUUUAUGGUUUUAUGAAACAUUUGAUGAAAUACACUAUUUACAUUUAUAUAAUUUAAAUAAUAUAAAUAGUAAAAUGUUAACUAUAUCUAUAGAUUCACCGGUAGAAUGUAUUGAUAUAGUUUUCUUAAAUAGUCUUAUCCCUUUGGAUUCGUUUUAUAAUUCUAUAAAAAAUUAUUAUUUAAUGUUAAUCACAGAGCAAACAUUUUAUUUUUUUAACAUUCAUCUAUAUUUCAACUGUGAAGAAGAUUAUAAUAUUUCUUUGGGUGAACGAUUAAUAUAUCAAAAUAUAUAUCCUUUUUAUUUUAAUAUAUAUUUAUUUCUUUUAUUUAAAUUACCAAAAGGGUCUAAAAAAAAAUAUGAAUAUAUUAAAUCUAUUGAAAAAAGUGAACGUAUAUUUUUAGUUCAAGAUGAUGGAAAUGUACUUGAGUUUGUAUAUGAAAAAGAAGAUAUUUUAAAACCUCUCAAUAUUUUUAAACAUAUAAUAAUUAAUACAUUAUCUAUAUUAGUAAAUAAAGUAAAUAAUGCAUUCUUUUCGAAUAAUAGAAAUAUAGAAUAUUAUUCGAAUAGGGAUGAAGAAGACGAUGAACUUAUUAAAAGUGAUAGAAGUCAAUACAAACAAAAUUUUAACAAUUUUCAUAAACUUAGAUCUUCCCCCAAAAUUUCAAAUCAAUCUGUAAUUAGCGGAGAUGAAUAUGAUUAUGCGAAUAAUAGUAAAGUUAGUCUUAUUGAUGAAAGUGAUAAAAAUUAUUCAGAAAAUAAAACACAAAAAAGAAAAGAAGAUGAUCAAUAUCUAUAUCAAUAUAACAAAAAUAUAUAUUGUGAUAAUAUUCAACAAUUACCCAUAAAGUUUUAUUUAAAAAAAAUAAUAAAUCCUUAUUUUAUACCUUAUUUUUAUUUUCACAAAAAUAGAGUAAAAAAAAUAUUAAUAGAUAGCGAAAGAUCAAUAUUGUAUGUAUUAUAUAAAAACAGUGAUUUGUAUAUAAAACUAUUAUCAAAUCCUUCUAACAAAAAUAAAAAUUAUACAUCUGAAACUAUUAUAUUUAGUAAAAACGAUUUAGUACGUGAAGUUGGAAAUAUAUUUUUUGUAGAUGAUACAAAAGCUUCACAUCAUGAUAUAUAUAUGGGUUCUAAUUCCAAUAAUAAUAUGAAAAUUUCGAAUGAUCAAAAUUUUUAUCCAUUAAAUGUUAACAUAGAUGGUAUUGGAAACUCAGAUAAUUACAUAGAUUCUAAUAAUGUAGCUCAUUUUGGAGAAAAACAUUUUAGCAAUUCUAACAAUUUCGCUAGCUAUGGAAAUAGAAAUAUACAUAACAGGCAAGGAAUAAAUAACGACAUAACAGGAAAUUCAAAUAUGAAAAAUAGAAAUAAUAAUAAUAUUAAUAAAUUUAUGUAUCCAUCGAGUAUGGAUCAAGGAUUACUUAAUAAGCUCGAAAUAAUUGAUAUUCAUAUUAAUUAUGUAUAUGAAAGAAAUAAUAUAUUUUUAAAAAUGAUUGAUAACAAUUUAAAUAUAUAUUAUAUUUCUCUUGUUAAAAAUAUAGAAAAUAACAGUUUUAAAGUUGUAUUGAAAGAUUUUCAAAAUUACCCUCAUAAAAAAGGGCUUAAAAUUAAUGAAAAGGAAUGUCAGGUCGUAUUUACACACCAAUUAAAAAAUUUAUUCAUUGUUUUGAAAAAAGUUACAAAAGGAAAAAAAAAAAAUACUGAUGAAAAAGAAGGGUCUUCUGAGAAUUACGGAAACGAUGAAUGGAAUGCGACAAAAAAACAUGAUGGAGUCAAAACGAAAGGGCGUGAUAUGUUUGACAAAUCAAAUAACUUUGGAUUUUCACAACCUCCACCUUUUAAAUUUAUGGGCGAUAAUAUUAUGAACAGUCAGGAAAUAAAUUAUAAAAACAGCGAAAAUGAAAAAAAAAAAAAAAAUGUUAAUAAAAAAAUUCACAAAGAAGGAAAUACAGAUUAUGAAAUAGAUUGGGAAGAUGCUCAUGGAUAUUUUGAUCCAGAAGACGAAAAUAAAGAUCAAGAUAAAAAUGAUGAAAUAAAUAAACGAGCAUCAUCAGAUAACAAGCAGAAUAAGGAAACAGAAGAAGUUUAUUAUAAAUUAAAAUUGCUGACCAGUUCAGAUGAAAAUGGAAAUUUUCUGAACAGUAAAAAUUCGAGUAACUCACCAAAAAGCAAAUUUAUUUUUAAAAACGUAAAUGAAUAUAUAAUAAAUGAAGAAAUUAUUGGAAUUAUGUAUAAAAAAAAAAAUUAUUAUUUUCAUGAAUUUUUUGAAACAGCACAAAAAAAUAAUGCUAUAAAAGAUUUGUAUUUGGAUAAAAUGAAAUACAAUAAUAUUAACGAAAUACCAAGUGUAGGUCGAAUUGGAAAUAUUCCCCCCAUCAAUGAACCUAACCCAAAUUUAGGAAUGAGCCAUCAUAAUUCAAUACCAAAUAAUUUGAUAAAUAAUUAUACAAAAAGUUCAUCUUCAGGUACAACUAACAAUAUGAAUUUUCUAAAAAAUGAAAGAAAUGGAAUAUCAAUGCAUUAUUAUGAUAAUUCAAAAAAAAAUUUACCAUAUUAUUUAAAUAGUCAAAAUAAUUUUAUGCCAAAUAAAAGUAAUUUAAUUAUUAAUGACAAUUUACUUUUCAAACCCAAUGAUAGAUCUAGUAGCGACCACAAAGAUAACUUGAAAAAUAUUCCUCCUUUUUAUUUAAAUGAAAAUACAGUUAGUGAAUAUCAAGAAUAUUAUGAUGUAUUAAUAAUAACAAAUAAAAGUAUAUAUUAUAUAAGUAGAAACACAAAAGUUCAAAAAAUUGAAAAAAUGAUAAAUAAUUAUUUACCAUAUAUAAUAUCUUUUGAAAAUAGAAACAUUAAAAAUAUAUUUAUAAAUGAAUUAAAAAUUAAAGAAGCCAUGAUAACUAAUGAAAGUACUAAUUUGGAAGGUAAUCAUUUUCCAACUCAAAUAUUAGAAAAACAAGUUCUUGAAUAUGUUAAAGAAAGAUCGAACAAUGGAAAUAUCCCUUUUAAUAAAAACUUGGACGGUAAUAAUAUGGGGAAAGGUGAAAAUGAUAGUACAUCAAAUUCGAUGGCAGUUUUUUUGAAAAAAAAAAAUGAAUAUGAAUUAAUUUAUGAAUAUUUUAUAAAUCAAAUAAUACAAAUGUCAACAAGUGAAGAAUUUUUAUUUAUCAUAUGGUGCCUUCUUCUAAACCAUGUUCAUAAAUAUGAAAUAAUGUGCUUCAACAAUAUACACAAUGUGGCGGAUUCAAGAAAUUCGAAUAUUUCUGGAAAACAUUCUGAUUAUCGAUCAAAUAGUAAAAUUGAAAAUUCACAAACUGCAUAUGAUUUGGGAUUUUCAAAAGGAUAUGAUAAUAAUUUUAAAAAUAAUUUUAAUUAUUCAAUACAAGGAAAAAAUCAGCAUAAUCGCAUUUUCGAAUUUAAUCAUGAUUUUAAUAUUACUGAUAAAUCUCUAACUCAUAAACACCCAUUUAAUAGGAUCGAUAUGAAUAGUAUUAAUUAUUCAAACAAUAAUAAUAAUAGUUUUAAAUUAAAGGAAGGAAAUCACGACAUAGAUAAUGGCCACAUUGAUUAUGACAUUUUAAACAGAAUCUACAAAAGAACUCCUUUUAAAUUUGGGUUUAUUGAUAAUAAUGCUGAUUAUAUUAUAAAACAAGGAAAAUUACAAAAAGCAAUGGAAUUAGAAAUAAAAACAAGAAAAGUAAAGGGUAUAAAUCAUUUAUUUAAUGACAAUAUAAAUGAAUUAGAUAAUGAAAUAGGAAAAAAUGGAAAUAAAGGAAAUAUAAAUUCUAUCGAAUCAAAAUACCAAGGAACCAAUGAUAGUAUAAAUAAAAAAAUUGUUUAUUCGGAUGCUGGAUAUACAAAUCUGUAUAACAUGUAUCAGAAAAAAAAUACAAGAAAUAAAUUAUUAACAUCUGAGAAAAAUAAAAGUGGAAAUUUUGCAUUUGAAUAUUUAACAAAUAAAAAUUUUGAUAUUUUGUUUUUAAAAAAUGUAAAUAUGUAUAAUAGUUCGUUACACAUAAUUUCAAGGGGGUUAUUAUUAUUACUUAGUCGAUUGCUUAAACCGAUUAUGUUUAUAAAUAUAUUUACCUAUGAAAAAUAUAGAGAUACACAGUUUUUUAAAUUUUUAAAUUAUAGUAAUGAAAAAAAAGAAAGUAAAUAUAAUGAUAAAAAUUAUACAGAGCAAAAUAACAAAUAUCGAUCCUAUACAAAAGGUAUAAAAUUUCAAAAAAUUGGAGAAAAACAUUCUAAAAAUUAUUAUAAAAAUAGUAUUUCAAUUAUAUGUAAUGACAAAGAUGAUGAAAUUGAGGAAAGCUUUUAUAGUAUGAAUGAUUAUUGUAUUGUUAGAAUAAAUGAUGAUUAUAUAGUUAAUUUUACUAAAAAAGGAAAUAAAAAAAGAAAAAGAAACAUAUAUGAAAGUAAUGAUAUAUUAAUACUUAAAGGAGUUAUUCCUUUGGAUUGUUGUCUUAAUUUAAUUGAAAAGUUAAAAUGUUUAAGUAUAUGUGUAAGUAUAGUAUUAACAAAUUUGUUAAAAAGAAAAAAGGAUUAUGCAAACAAAAUGAGAGGUAUUACAGAUGUUUCAAUUAUUAAUAUCUAUUAUGAUUACACAGUUAUAAUGAUAAACGAAAUAAAUGAAUUUUAUUCAGUUUUAAAUUUUAUUAAUUUUAGUAUAGAAUAUUUAUUAAUAUAUUCUAUCAUUAUUUGCGAUUAUUAUAGAUGUAAAAAAAUUAUUAAAAAAAAAAAUGUUGAUAAAAAAAAAAAUAAUUUUUUAUAUUUGCCAAGUAGCUUAUUUGACUUAUUAAUAAAAUGUAAUUUUUUAAAAGUUUAUAUGAGCAAAACUUAUAGAGAAAUUUUAAAACAAUGUUUAUUUUAUUUGAUAAAAUCUGGGAAGUAUAUACCCGUGGAUUUUUUCCAAGGAUAUAUAAUACACAAAACUGAAUUCCUUGCACUUUUUUUAAUAAAAAAAAUUGAAGAAGAAGUCUUUUUAAAAAAAAAAAUGAAAAUUAAAGAUAAUUUUGAAUAUUACAAAAAUGAUGGACGUUAUGAUACAAAAUAUGAUGAAUUUCUUGCAUCUGAAAAAAGAGCAGAACAUUUCAUAAAUGCAAAUUUAAAAGAUUCACUUGUAAAUAUAAAUAUAUUUAAAUUAGUUAUUUUGUUAUACAAAGCAGAUUAUUAUAGAUGUGCUAGUACAUUGAUAUCUUUUUAUAUCGAUUCAUAUUAUAAAACAUUACCAACUUAUGAGAAAGAUGUGAACAAGGAUAAUCAGAAUGGAAAUAUCAGAGAUUCAAGACAUGGUCAUUAUAUUGAUAAAAAUUUGAAUGCAUAUAAUUAUGAAAAUAUGUUGUUUAGUAAUGACAAUGGGCAUAUAGAUAAUAAAAUGGGGGGAAUAUACAACAAUGAAAUGAUUAUUUCAAAUAUUGGAAUAAAAUAUAAUAAAUAUUUUUAUGAUUUAUAUACAUCUUGUUUUUUACCUGUUGACAAAAUUGUACAUGUAAAUUAUUUAAAAUAUUUGUUUAAACAUGAUGAAAGAAAAAAAAACAAAAUAAAAAGAUUUUUAAUAACAUUGCUAGAAUAUUCAAAUGAUAUUAACUUUCAUUUUUUUAUUUUUAAUUUAAUUUUGUAUAAAUGCAAAAAUGAAUUUCCUUGUUCUAUUUUUGAUUUCACAAUUUCACCAUAUUUAUAUUUUUAUGUUAAGUUUAAUGAAAUGAAUAUUAAAGAUGCAUAUAUUUACUAUUUUAAAGAAUUAAAAUAUCAAGAUAUUGUUAUAUUUUUUUCAAGAAAAGCAUUUCGAAAAUGGGAUAUAUCACCAGAUCAUAUAACAUCUUUAAAAUCAAUUUCAAAAAUAUUAAAUUUAAAAAAAGACAAUCCAAUAAAUAAAAAUGAAGGAUCAAAAGGGCCUCAUAACUCAGUUCGAAAAAUCGAAAAUUUCGAAAAACCAAAAAUAGAUAAUCAAUAUAUAACAAAAGAAAAACAAUUUGAUAUAGAACAUGAUAAGAUGAAUAAAAUUUCGAAUGAUAAAUUUUUAGAUCCAUUUCAUUUUUCUGUUAAAAUGGCUAAUCAACAUAAAAAUUAUGAACAAGAAAUAAAUAUAAAUAAAAAUAUGCUUUUAAAUGAGCUAGCUAGAAAUAAUUAUCUUUUUGAAAAUAAUUUUAUUGAUAAUAAUAAUCUAACAAAAAACCCAUUAUAUAAUAAUGAAACAAAAGAAAUUUUUUGUAGUAUUUACAAAUAUUUAUUUCGUAUUAUUUCUUAUCCUAGUUUAAAAAAUAGAUUGGAAUAUAUUGACAACUGUAUGAAAGCUAAGAUAUUUUUUAUUCAAAAAAUUUUUUAUUUUAAAAAAAAACAAAAUAAAAAUGAGCCACAAAAUAGUAUACCAAUCAAUUAUAUAAAUGGUGAAAUAUAUGAAUCUAACAAUGAAGUUAAAUCAAAAAAUACAGAUUAUAAUAGAUUAGAAUUUGUCCGAAGAAAUGGCAAUAAAAAAAAUAAUAAUGAAUAUUUCAUAAAUGAUGAAGUAGUUAAAGUUCCACGAAAUGGAAAGUAUUCGAGUGUACAAGACAUAUUGAAUAUUAAUUGUUAUUUGAAAAAGGAAGUUUUAAAAAAUUAUUAUUUAGUAGACAAAACGAUAUCUUAUGAUAAUAUAUAUUCAAAUAGUGUAAAAUUACUUUUUGCAAAUAAUAAAUGUCUUUUUAAAUUAAAAGAUGAAUAUAUAUCGAAUCAUAAUAAUUAUUACUUAAAUUUAAAAGAUAUAAAAAAAUUUAGAACUUCACUAAAUUAUCAGAAAAUGUUAUUUUACGAAAUUGUUAACUUAUUUGUAUUUUAUGUCUUUAAAUUUUGUGAUUGGAAUUUUUUAAAAAAUUAUUUUGAUAUACUUAUGAAUGGAUCUAAAGAAGAUGUAAAAAAGGUUUUAGAACAUUUUAAUAAUAUUAAUAAUGAAGAAAUAGAUGUAAUUAACAAAUCUUUUUCAAACAUGUAUGAUUAUCUAUGUCGUAAUAGAUAUGAAUAUGUUGAUGAUAUAAUAAAUGAUUAUAAUAAAAAAAUAAAAAAUGUUAAUUCUAAAAUUAACAUAUCUAGAAUAAUAGAUAUAAUUGAUACUUUCAAAGAAUAUUUAAUUGUAAUCCAAACAAAUAUAUAUACAAAGGAAGAAUUGAAAAAUAACAUUUUUUUUAAAAGUAACUUUUUAUUUAAAAACUUUUUACCAUCAUUUAAUUUGUUAAGAUUAAUAAUAUUAUGUGAUAAAAAAAAAGAAAAGAUUGAUAAUUUGAAUAAUAACUGUUUUUCCACAGUAAGUGCAAUGUUAAAACGAGAUCCAAAAUGUAAUUCUUUUUAUUUUUCAAAAUAUUCUUUUUGUUUUGAAAGGUUAAUAGAUUUAUCAUUAUCUUUAGCUAUAUGUUUUGAAAAUGUACAUUUUAUUAUCAAUUAUAUUGGCGAUAUACUAAAACUUUAUGAUAAAAAUUUUAACAUUUCAUUAUAUUUGUUAGUUGUUUUGAAGUUACACAAAUUUAUGAAUAAUCUAUUUGAAAUAAAAAAAAUACGUCUUCUUUUAAAAAAAAAAAUCGAUUAUAUUAAAUCUCAAAAAUACAACGAACAAAUGAAAUUAAUUUAUUUUUUAAAUUGUAUACCUUUAAUUUAUCUUGACCCACAAAUGAAUGUUAUAUUAAUAAACGAAUCAUAUGAAUAUAAAGGAAAUCAGGAUCAAAUUAUAUUUUCAAAAUUAUCUCCAUUUUCUUUAAUUUCUAAAAUGGUAAAUAAUCAAUUAAGAAGUGUCUAUUCAUAUCAUGAUUAUACAGAUAACUAUAAUGAUGAUGAAGAAGAAGGAAUAAAAAAUGAUUCAAAAAAAAGUAACCAAACAAAACAAGAUAAAAAAAAUGAAAGGAAUAGUGAUAUAUCUGAUGUUGAAAAUAUUCAAAGUAAUAGUGAUAAUGAAUCAAACGAUGUAGGUGUUUUAAAAAGAAAAAUAAAAUAUGGUGAUACUACUUCGAUAAAUAAAGAAGGUAGAAAAGCAUUAUAUUAUCUUUACAAUGUUAAUUAUUGCUUUAAUAAAAAAGAAAAUGGUUUAAAAAGAAAAGAAAACUACCCAGAAGUGAUCGUUUUAAGCCAUCAAAAUUACUGUUUCUAUAUAACGUGGAUAUCAAAUCUUCUUUUAAAUCAUAAAGUAGAAUAUAAAUCGUUGAUAAAUGUGUAUUUAAAAAUUCAUAACAAUUUAAAACACAAAAAAGCAUCAAAUUUAGAAGAACAUGAAAUAUCUAUAAUUAUUUAUUAUUUAUUUACUAUGUGGAUAAAUGGUGAUAAAAAUAAUACUUCCUUCUUUUUUUAUAAUGACGAUUCAAGUUAUAAUGAAAAAAAUAAUAUUGGAUAUUUUUUAAAAGAUAAAUAUGGAAAAUUAGAAUAUAUUAAUAAUUAUUCGUUAAUAACAUUAUUAAAAGAAUUGUUAUCCAGAGCGGAGUUUUAUUUUGAAUACACAUCAGAUGCAGCAUCUAGAAAUUAUGAUAUUAGCUGUAUAAUUUUAGAUUCAUCUAUAUAUGAUCAUGAAAAUUUUAAAAAAUCAUCUGUUGAUAUUUUAGCAAAAUUUUUUGAUGAAAUAUAUGUGACAUUUAAUGAUUCCCUUACAAAAAUACCAUUUUUAAAUCACAUUAUUGAGUUUCAAAAUAUACACGAAUUUUUAAAGAAAUUCAAAAUUUAUUUAGAAGAAAUAGCAUACAAGGUUGCUCUUAGCGAGCAAGCUUACAUUUGA